AAUGUGUACGAGAAUGCUGCGAGCCUCUGCUGAUAGGCAUAAUAAAAGCUCGCUUUAAUUUCUUACUAGCACGUUACGACAAAUGCAGGUUCCUGACAAAUGCUUAUCUUCGGGAAGAGUUUCGAAAUACUUGCGUGGUUGAACAACGGGUUGAAUGGCUAUAUGCGUUCGAUGUGCAUUGCAAUUCUUUCUUCCCAAUGUUUGUAAUGCUUUACGUAAUACAUUAUUUCCUCUCACCACUUCUUGUUGCCCACGGUUUCAUACCUGCACAACUAUCAAACCUGCUUUUUAUGGUGGCAGCAUCUUACCAUCACUACCUCAACUUCUUAGGUUAUGACGUACUUCCCUUUUUGGAAAGAACAUUUUUUUCUCUAUCCGAUUGGCAUCGUUAUCAUUCUAUCCCCUAUCUUGAUUUUAAGUGAAUUCAACCCUUCAAGAUAUUUUAUGAACAUAUACUUUAGCCGAACGUUAUGAUUUUCGAAUCGUUAGGAAUAGCAGGAGUUUUAAAGGUCAGUGAAUAGUUUUUGACAUGGGGAAAUUACAUUAGUAGCCACCCAACUUUGAUUUUUUUUCUUUUUUUUUUUGGUCACACAGCUAUAAGAAGUUACAAAAUGGUCAUCCAACCAUAAAAAGUUAUAAAAUGAGCUUUCAACUAUCCAAUUUUGUCUUUUUGGACAACCACUAUCUUAAAUUUUUUUGUGUUUCCACUUUUAAUUUCGCUAACUGGUAACCAUAAAAGAGAAAAUUAAAUAAUUGAGUGGCCAUUUGUAAUUUUUCAUAGUUAAAUGAUAAAAAAGAAAAAAAAAAUUAUAAUUGGGUAACUACUAAUGUUGUUUACCCUUUUAUAUUGCAUUAAUGUUUAGAAGGCUUUAAUAAUUUGCAUACAUAUAAAAAAGAAGAAAAAGUUAACCUCAGCUGAAGAAAAAUGCCUUCGUAGCUUUUGUUAAAUGUUCUUUACUUAUCACUUAUCAAUAGGAACAGAAAAUUAGAACCAAAUGAAAUUUAGGUUAGGAAAAUGAUUUUUCAGUGAUCAAAUGGGGAUAUAUAUUUUUUAUUAAUGUAUAUUGUGUUUCUAAUUCGAAAACGAGUAUGUGUCUUCCAUGGAGACUAAUUUUUUAAAAGGACAUUUCAUGUAUUUAAAGAUCCUAUAUCUAUGAUUGAAUUGUGUUGGACGCGUUUGAUUUUCAUCCUUGUAUCUUAUUAAUAUAAAUUCUUAUGUUAUCCGAAUUCAGAGACGAGUUGCGGAUGCAAAUGUUGGGUAUGAUUUUUCUUUUCUUUUCUUUUUUAAGUAAAAAAAAAUCAUUUUGUUUCUUAUUAUAUUUAAGGUUAAUAUAUUAUUUGAUACAGUAUUCAAGAUGACAUUUAUUUUUAAUCUUAAUUUGAUACUUAAAUUUGAUUUUAGUGUCCAAUUUAGUACUCAAAUCAAACAUUAUGUCACAUAAUGAAUAUUUAACAUGUGUACUCAGUUUAAAAACAUAGAUAUUUAAUUGAAACAAAAAAUAA